UGCUGUUGCGGAGCAGGGCCGCGAGGCUGCCGAGGCCGCUUUGCGCCGGCUUGAGGGCGAGAUGGAGAGGCAGCAGCAGCGCAUCCGUGAGCUGGAGGGAGCGAGGCACGCCGAGCAGGGCCGCGCUGCUGCGGCUCCCACAGCGAACCCCUUUGCCAGCAUGUCUGGACCGUCUAGGAACGCCAACCCAUUCCUCGCGGAGGAGACGGAUAGCAGUUGCGUGUUUGCCUCUGACGCUCAGGUGCCUGCUGCAGCCGUCGGUGACGCCGCCGCCGCUGCUGCAGCACAGCUUGAAGAGUCCGCGGCUCUUGUGAGGGCUCUUGAGGGACGUGUGGCGGAACUGGAGGGGGAGCUGUCUCUUGCGGGCACCACUCAGGGUGGCAGGGCGGAGGAGACGGAGCGCCUUUCGCAGCAGUGUGCUGUUGCGGAGCAGGGCCGCGAGGCUGCCGAGGCCGCUUUGCGCCGGCUUGAGGGCGAGAUGGAGAGGCAGCAGCAGCGCAUCCGUGA